UUUUGAUGAAGCGAUUCUGCCGCCUCUGUCUAACUUUGGGAGUGGUAGCAACUGGCCUCCCUUCUCGCCGCCGCGUCGCUUUAUGACCAAUUCACCAAUCGCCGAAUCGACGCCUCCCCACGACCCCGCGACCAAUUCACCACACACACACACUCACACAGACAUAACAUACCGUUGCAAUUCUUUUCGCCUUGUCAUUGCUGGCAGCUAAGCAGGGGAAACCAUGUCUGCGACCCAAGCGUGAUUCACUAUGACUGCGCUUUCCCUCCAAACACCUCACUCCGGCCCGUCUCCCCACAGACCGCAAAUAAUCAACUCGACCAGGUCUUCCUCGGCUUCAACUCCAGCGAGCCACCUCCCUACUCAACACUCCCAGGAAGCGCGUAAACAAGGACCCAGCCAGUUUCUAGAGCCCUCCUCUGGCAACCACGCGAUGCCUUCGACCGACUAUACCAACGGCAACAACUCGGACGCCGGGCGCUCGCCAGCCCAUGUAUGGGCACCACAGAAUGGCAGCUCGAACCACGAUACAGACCCCUCGUCGUCCCGGCGACCUUCAAGCGCGCCUGGCGCCAAUGAUAACCCCGUAGGCUUCCUGAAUCGCAGCGCAACCCAUGCCAACGAUCAGAGGCCAUCCCAGCGCACAGCGAAGCCAGCACUCCUUCGAUCCAAGAGCGAGUACGCCGCCUUGCGCAAUGGCGAAGAAGAUUACACAGACGAGGAGCGCCGCGAGUGGGGUGCUAGACACGGUUUUGAGGGCCACUACCAGUCAGAAGACAUCAUCUCACAGUUGGCGAAUAAUUGGUACAUGUACUUCACAGAUGAGCGGCAUGCGUCGACGGGGAAGCCCAAGUCGCCGUCUUUCGAGGUUCAGGACUGGCGAAUGCGAGACCGGCUCAAGACUGUCUCUGCUGCUCUUGCGGUGUGCCUCAACAUUGGCGUUGAGCCGCCUGACCAGCUGAGAACAAACCCAGGCGCCAAGAUGGAGGCUUGGCAAGAUCCUUCUGUACCUCCGGUGGGGAAGGCAUUGGAGAAUAUCGGAAAGUCUCUCCAGGCCCAGUAUGAGACUUUGGCCAUCAGGACCCGCUACAAGCAGUACCUGGAUCCGUCUGUGGAGGAGACCAAGAGGUUCUGCAUCUCUCUCCGUCGAAACGCGAAGGACGAGCGCGUUCUCCUCCACUAUAAUGGCCAUGGAGUGCCCAAGCCGACGGCAUCCGGAGAGAUUUGGGUGUUCAAUAAGAAAUACACCCAGUAUAUUCCCGUGUCACUGUUCGACCUGCAACACUGGCUCCAGGCGCCGACCAUUUUCGUAUGGGACUGCUCCGAGGCAGGAAAUAUUCUGAACAAUUACCACCGGUUCGUGGAGAAGCACGAGCAGGAGGAGGAAGAGAACGCCCAGAAGGACGCCAACUUCGAAAAGACAGCGUUUCGGCCGUAUAUCCACCUGGCUGCAUGCAAUGUCAAGGAGAACCUCCCUACGAAUCCUCUUCUCCCUGCGGAUCUCUUCACCUGUUGCCUGACAACCCCGAUCGAGAUGGCUCUCUGGUUUUUCGUCCUCCAGAAUCCCUUGACGACAAACCUGACCCCCGAGCGAGCCAGGAAACUUCCCGGUCGCUUGCAAGAACGCAGGACUCCGCUCGGUGAGCUCAACUGGAUCUUCACAGCCAUCACCGACACCAUCGCUUGGACUACCCUCCCGAGAGAUCAGUUCAGAAAAUACUUUAGGCAGGACCUUAUGGUCGCCGCACUGUUCCGGAACUUUCUGCUCGCGCAGAGGAUUAUGCCGGUGUACAACUGCCACCCCCAGUCGUACCCAGAGCUGCCGGACACGAGCAACCACCCGUUGUGGGAUAGCUGGGACUUGGCCGUUGACAUGGCUCUAGCCCAGCUGCCCAUGUUGGAGAGGAAGGAGGCCGAGGGAAUUGAGUACGAGUACGUCAACUCGACCUUCUUCACUGAGCAGCUCACCGCCUUCGAGGUCUACCUCACGAGGGGCGAUGCCUUGUCGCGGAAGGUACCUGAGCAAUUGCCUGUCGUUCUCCAGGUGCUUCUCAGCCAGCAGCACCGAGUACGCGCCUUGGUUUUGCUUGGCCGAUUCCUGGAUCUCGGCCCCUGGGCAGUUCAGCUUGCUCUCAGCAUCGGAAUCUUCCCAUACGUUCUAAAGCUCCUCCAGUCAGCUGCGAACGAGUUGAAGCCCAUCAUGGUCUUCAUCUGGACCCGCGUCUUGGCAGUCGACAUUAGUUGUCAGCAGGAUCUAAUUAAGGAUAGUGGCUACAAUUAUUUCGCGUCGAUAAUGAAGCCUCACGAGGAUCUCCCCGUCGUGGAUGUCAACGAGCACAAGGCAAUGUGCGCAUUCAUACUUGCCAUGCUUUGCAAGGGCCAUAAGCCAGGCCAGGUUGUCUGCAACUCGACCGACAUCAUGACAUCCUGCCUGCAGCUCCUGAACGAUAGGGACAAUCCCUUACUCCGACAGUGGUCGGCCCUCUGCAUCAGCCAGCUAUGGCAGGACCUUCCCGAGGGCAAAUGGAGAGGCAUCCGGGAGAAUGCGCACGUGAAGCUUGCAACGCUGAUACGGGAUCAGUGCGUCGAGGUGCGGGCUGCGAUGGCGCACGCCAUGACCACGUUCCUUGGUAUCCCGGACCUCACGGACGAGGUGGCACGAAUCGAGGAAGCAGUCGCGUGGACAAUGCUCGAGUUGGCUAACGACGGUAGCCCGGUCGUUCGGAAGGAGCUGCUCGUCUUCUUCUCGCAGUUCGUCCUGCGCUAUGAGCACCGGUUCCUCGUCGCGGCCUAUGAGCAGCUGCUGGAGGAGAAGGAGUACCUGCUAUUCCCGCCUACCGAGGAUGGCCAGGACCACAAGAUGGGCCUGCACUACGCCCGGCCAGACAGCCGCGAACGGGACGGCACCAUCAAGCCCUCGGCUUUCGGCAUCGCACACAACUCGGUCUACGCCGCCUGCUGGAAGUAUAUGAACAUCAUGAGCGUGGACCCUCAGCCCGAGGUCCAGAGGGACGCAACCAUCAUCGUGGAUUAUGUUCACCAGGCGCUCCUGCACUCGGACGUUGGGUUGCAAGCUCAGGUUCUCAUGGACGAAAUCCUCAGGCGCGCUAGGAAAGUGUCUCGAGGAGACAUGAGCCAGAGAAGCAGUGUCCUUGGUACCAGCGUCGCCGCUGCGCAGCCCAUGCCAUCGCCGGGUCUUCUUAAACGAACGGCUAGUUACCUGUUCGGCCCGUUGUUAGGUGGUGAGAUGUCGGGCAACCCGCUAACCCCCCCGGCGUCGCCUGGCCUUCAGAGGUCGGCGUCUCAGCGGAGCCGGGCAGGCUUCAUCAGCGACGUAGCCCCCCCGGAGCAUGCCGACCAGAGCACAAGCCCUGCCAACUACCACGUCGCCGACGAACCCCUUUCGGCCGGCUACGAGGAGCGUAGCCUCAUCGAGCCUCCUAGCCUACCCCUGCACAGCACCUUCUUGGAUUGGUCGAUCGAGUACUUCCGGGAGCCGCAGAUGAGCCCGAACGAGGCCGAGGAACCCGGCAGCGUGGAGCACAACGCGCGCCUCUGGCGACGGUCGCGCAACGAGGGCAUCCUCCGGGAGACACAGCCACAGAAGGACCAUGCCAAGAACCACAAGUGGUCCGUUCCACAGGGAGCCAUCAACAACGGCGCGCAGCCCACCAAGAUGACCUUCCACCAAUUCGAGAACCAAGUCGCCGUCGCCGACGAUGGGAACACUGUUCAAGUGUGGGAUUGGGAGAGACAGAAGCCGAGGAGCCGGUUCUCGAAUGGCAACCCCGAAGGAUCGAAGAUCUCCGACAUGAAGUUCAUCAACGAAGACGACCAAGCGCUCCUGAUGACGGGGUCGACAGACGGCGUCAUCCGCGUCUACCGCAACUACGACAACAAUGCGAAGGUGGAAUUGGCGUCCGCCUGGAGGGCCCUGACCCACAUGGUGCCUUCGAACUACACCUCGGGGAUGGUGUUUGACUGGCAGCAGGUCAACGGGCAGGUGCUCGUCGCAGGUGACGAGCGCGUCAUACGCAUCUGGAACGCCGGCUCCGAGACGUGCACGCACGAGAUACCGGCCCGCAGCGGGAGCUGCGUCACGUCGCUCACGUCGGACCAGAUGACGGGCAACAUCUUCGUCGCCGGGUUCGGGGACGGCGCGGUGAGGGUCUUCGACACCCGCAUGCGGGCACAAGAGUCGAUGGUGCGGAAGUGGAAGGACGACUCGAGGCAGUGGGUCAGGUCGGUCCACAUGCAGCGAGGCGGGCAGAGGGAGCUCCUGUCUGCCAGCCGCAAUGGCAAGAUUCGCUUCUGGGACAUCCGCAUGGAGCAGCCGCUCAAGGUGCUCCAGACGACCAAGGAUGUGCUGCGAACAGCGAGCACCCAUGAACAUCUGCCCGUGUUUGCUGUUGGUACGUCCGCACAUGUCGUCAAGGUGUUCAACUUUGGUGGCAAGGAGCUGUCGCGCGUCGAGCCCUAUUCCAGCUUUCUCCAGCAGAGCAAGGGCACCCCCAUCACCGCCACCGCUUUCCAUCCCCACAGGAUGAUGCUGGGCUGCGCCGCCAAGGGAGAUUACCACAUCAACCUGUUCAGCUGUGGCCAAGAGAAAGUCAGCCUACCCUGAAGUUGGGACACUAACCACACGAUGCUGGAG